UGGGCCGGCCUAACAUUCACAGCGCUCGUUCCCCCCAAAUCCUCGUUGUCGUCGCAGAGUCCAGGUGCGUCAGCCAGGAGUCAGGACUCUCAACUCCGGCGAAGGGAGCAGAACCGUUUGUGGCAGUUGGGCGGCGUCGGCAUGGACGAGGCUACGAAGAAGGUGGAGGCUACGGUGCUGGAGAUCCCGCGAGGGUCUGAUAUGGAGUCCGUAACGGAGAACAAGGUACGCACCGCCGCCGCUGACCGCCUCGGCAUCGACCUCUCCGUCUCCAACCGCAAGCUCUUCGUCCGCGGCGUCGUUGAUGAAUACCUACUUUCACUCUCCUCGCAGGAGGAGGCGAAGGCGGCGGAGGAGGGCGACGCUGGCAGGGAGAGCAAGGACAAGGAACGGAAGGAAGAUGAGGAGGAGGAUGAAGGUAAGGGUGGCGGGAAGAGAGAGUACGGCGACCAAGGGGACCUUAUCCUGUGCCGCCUGUCGAGCAAGAGGAGGGUGACUCUGUCGGAGUUCAAGGGCAGGUCGCUGGUGUCCAUCCGAGAGUUCUACGUGAAGGACGGCAAGGAGAUGCCCUCCGCCAAAGGUAUUAGUAUGACAAUGGAGCAGUGGGAAGCAUUUUGCAAUGCUGCACCUGCGAUAGAGGAUGCCAUCAAAAAGCUUGAAGAUUCAGACUGAGAACUUGUUUUAGGAGCCUCUUCUUUUGGCAGGGAGCUGGACGUGAUGCACAAUAUAUAUAUCGCUGUAGCAAGGCUGUCUGAAUUACAAACGACUUUGGUGAUGUUCCAGCGGCCGCACAUGGGCUUUAUGGGGUGUAUGGCUCCUCGGCUCUACGUUUUUUAGCCAUGUUCUACGAA